GGUGUGAAAUGUGCACGCAAACGUGUGUAUAAUAAGUUUUUGUUUUGUCUUUGACAGUUGAAUGUAUGAAGAGGAAAAGUCUUUAUUUUGCCAAUUUGAGAACCUACAAGACACUAAAAUGGCAGAAAUUGCAGUCCUUGAAUGCAGGUCUCGUAGUGUGCUGAGCUGGGAACAAGUAAACCGCUUAAAUGAGGUCCUGACCGAGGCUGUCCCUGUUCAUGGACGUGGCAACUUCCCUACUCUGGAGAUAAGACUAAAGGACAUUGUCCAGAUAGUCAGAAACCGCCUGGACGAGAAAGGAAUUAAAGUCAGAGAUAUCUGUUUAAAUGGGUCCACUGCCAGUCAUGUUUUGGUGGAAGACAAUGGCUGGUGUUACAAGGAUCUGGAUCUAAUCUUUAGGGUGGAUCUCCCAAGUGAGACAGAAUUCAAGAUUAUCAAAGAUGUAGUUUUGAGUGCGCUAUUAGAUUUCCUGCCAGAAGGGGUGAACAAGAACAAAAUUACGUCCAUGACUCUCAAAGAGGCGUAUGUUCAAAAACUGGUGAAAGUUUCCACAGAACUGGACCGCUGGAGCUUAAUUUCCCUGUCAAACAACAAUGGCAGAAACGUGGAGUUGAAAUUUGUCGACUCAAUCCGACGGCAAUUUGAAUUUAGUGUUGACUCCUUUCAAAUAAUCCUGGACUCCUUGCUCUUUUAUUAUGACUGCUCAGAGAACCCCAUGUCAAAGCAUUUCCAUCCAACUGUAAUUGGCGAGAGUGUGUACGGAGACUUUGAGGUUGCGUUGGACCAUCUGAAGAACAAAGUUAUAGCCACCAAGAACCCAGAGGAGAUCCGUGGUGGUGGGCUGCUGAAAUACUGCAAUCUUCUGGUCAGGGACUUCAAGCCGACAGAUGAGGAGGAAUUCAAAAGCCUGGAGCGCUACAUGUGUUCCCGGUUUUUCAUAGACUUCCCUGACAUUGUGGAGCAACAGAGGAAGCUGGAAUCCUACCUGCAGAGCCAUUUUAUUGGUGAGGAAAAAAGCAAGUAUGAUUACCUCCUGAUCUUGCGCCAGGUGGUCAAUGAGAGCACAGUGUGCCUUAUGGGACAUGAGAGGAGGCAGACUCUGAACUUGAUCUCUCUUAUUGCCUUCCGGGUUCUAGCUGAGCAGAACGCCAUACCUGAUGCAUCCAACGUCACCUGUUACUACCAGCCAGCCCCCUAUGUCAGAGACUUGAAUUUCAGUAAUUAUUACAUAGCCUCUUGCAACCAGUCUUAUCCAACUUGGCUGCCAUGCAGUUGAGCAAGAGAAAAGUCACUUCAUAGGGGUAGGGGGUGUAAAGGGUCCAAGAAUUGAAGGUAUUGGUAUCUGUCCACUUGGACGAAAGUAAUAAAUCAUAAAGUGGACAGUGAUUUCAACAUUUAGAAAUUGAUGGCUUUGUUUUGUUUCUUUGAGUUGCUGUUUUAGUUUUCUUGAGCCCCUACAGACAUUUAAUUACAUUUUUAACUCUUUACUUGUUGGGGUGGGGUCUGCAAAAAUGAGCUUUAACUAGCUUGUGUUGCAGAUGUACUCUACAAAUUCAGAAUACUUUUUUGAGGGGCUUUAUAGUUUGUGGCCAUAAAUCCUGUUUUGAAUUGGAAAAUGAUAAAAAAAAUAAUUGGAGGGGGAAUCCAAAAGUUUAAAAGUUGUUGGAUAUUAAGUCUUGCGUUUAUUAAUAGCUAUCCAAACACCAAAAAAAUUACAAAAGUGGGGUUUAAAAAAAAAAAAAAAAAAAAAAAAAAAUUAAAUGUACAAAAAUAAAAGGUUGGUGAAUAUUGCAUAUUAACGUUUGAACAAAUACAUUGUAUGUGUGGGUGAAAUUAUUUAUGUAAUUAAAAUUAAGUACAGUGGGUAACAGCCUAAGAGUUGGGCUUGGAAGACCCUUCAGACAUUGGUGCUUUAUUAUUUAAAUUGUAUAGUCAUGUUGUUAUUUUGUAUACAUGGAUAGUGUGACAGACAAGUUUAAUGAUUCAUAAAUUCUACUUGCCCUUGUAUAACUGUUAUUCUCUGCUUUUCCCUUUUACUGGCAGUCAACCCACUCUGCUCAUCGUAUAACUUUACAGUAUAUCCAUUAGGUUUGUUCAGUGCUCUUUCCAAGCAGGGCAAUUCAGGUAUAGUAUGCAAGACCACUUUUUUUUUUUUUUUUUUUUUUUAAAGAAGUUUUUGGUAGGCUUGGGAAUCUACUCCAGAAAUGUGCCUAUGACUGUGAAUCAUUUUUUCAGAAUGUCCUGGGGACCCCUUUGUGUCUUGGUUUUCAUUACAACUGAGCUGUCCAUUACCUAACUUGACCCUUUUAAUUGAACUGAUAAUUAAACCUUUUGUAAUUGUUGUCAACUCUUAAACGGUUGCUGAGUUCAAAUGACUUAUGAAACGUUGCAGCUGACUUGAACUCUGCAGUUGUUUAAGAGCUGAAAACAAUUAAAAAGGCCUAAUUUAAGCAAGUUAUCAGUUCAAUUAAGGGUCCGGUUAAGUAGUGGAGAGCUCGGGAUGAGCCAUUUAAAGUAACAGCAAGCUAUAAUUGGCUCUGGAAGGUUAAAUGUGUGGUCAUGGCGCAUAUUAUUUAUAUACAGAACUAUCUGUCAUAAAUAAGGUUGUCUGAUCCAUUCAGCAUUUUAUAGUUAAAUUAAAUACAUGAAUAUAUAAAUAAAUAAAAAGAAUAAUUAACCAGUCCAUUUUUAGACCUGGAAGUAAAUUACAGUGGCUCCUUGUGGCGUUUUUUUAGCAGCUAAAUAUUUCAACUGAGAACGUUUUGCAUUGCUGAAAUGCAGCAAGGCUUUAGUUUUAGAUUUCAAGAGUUUAUAACGGCAAUAAGGGAAGUUGCCAGGUACUUUUCCAAAACAACCUGGCAUUUAGUGGAUCAAACUGGCCUGACAAUGGUCUCUUGCUGCAGUCCAAGAAUCCCAGCGACCAUUACUUUCACACCAACAUGUACCAAAACAAAAAAGAUCUCUGAUUUGUAGCAUCUUGUAAUUCUUCAAUUGUGGUUCAAGCAUGCAGAAACGUGUAGUGUGGUGUGUGGUGUGUUAUCUGAUUUAACAUGGGUUUGCUGACCUCCCCUCCUGGAGAGCUGUAUACUUCAUGACCGGGUCACUGUAGACUUCUGUGGAAGAAAACUGGCAUGUACCUGGGUCAGAGCAUGAUGGACUUUACCCAGGUAGCUGUAGAUUAGGAACCUGUAAUAUAUGUGAGGUUGGAGUCUUUCAUAUUGCUACAUUUUCAGUAAAGUUGCAAUAUUCUGAGUCCAAAAAUAAUUCAAGUGCCUAAAUGUUUACUUAAUCUAUAGAUUUAAAAAAAUAAAAUAAAUAAUAACCUGAGGUAUCAAUGAAAAUGUGUUUAGUUUUUUUAUAUAUGUGUUAAUAUAUUUUUGUUAAAUUGUGAAUCCUCUGUAAACGACUAGCGUAAUACUAUAUUGGCUGGAGAAUCCACUAUUCCACCUUGUCUGUGUGUGCAUAUACACGUGUGUGUGUGUGUCUAUAUACAGUGCCUUGCAAAAGUAUUCAGACCCCUGACCAAUU